AUGGUCGAUUUUCCUGUUCGUUGUUCUCUGUUCGCAGAUAGUGUGCUAAUUUUAGUAUAGACUGCGUCGUAUUUUAAUUCUUACUGUAUAAUAUUAUAAGUUAUUCUUAUUUUUUUCAUAAGCAUUUAAAGUUUAUAGUUGUGUAAAUUAGUUAUUGAAGUUAAUAUUACAUAAAACGACUAGGGUGGUACUUUUGCGUUUAGACGGGGAGCCAUCUUGCAAUCUCUAAUCAAAGGUCCUUGGCUCACAGUUUCGUCUAGUUGAAAGCCGAUUUAUUCCAUCAUAAAAUAAUCAAAUGGCGUUAAAACGAAUUAAUAGGGAAUUACAAGACCUCGGCAGAGACCCCCCAGCACAAUGUUCUGCAGGCCCACACGGUGAAGAUCUUUUCCACUGGCAAGCCACAAUUAUGGGUCCAGUUGACAGUCCCUAUCAAGGAGGCGUAUUCUUCCUCACCAUACAUUUUCCAACAGAUUACCCGUUCAAACCACCAAAAGUUGCAUUCACAACACGUAUUUACCAUCCCAACAUAAACAGUAAUGGUUCCAUUUGCCUCGACAUUCUGCGCUCACAGUGGUCUCCGGCACUCACCAUAUCCAAAGUGUUGCUCUCAAUCUGCUCACUGCUAUGCGAUCCAAACCCAGAUGACCCAUUGGUGCCAGAAAUCGCUAGGAUCUACAAAACGGACAGAGAAAAGUACAAUGAACUAGCCCGCGAGUGGACAAGGAAGUAUGCCAUGUGAUGAGUCAAUGGUGGACAGCAACAUACACAUCGCCACAGCCCGGGCUCUAACCCCUCCCCGUUCCUGCUCCCUGUUUUUUGAAUUCCCCCCAUGACCCAAAUUUACCGAUAAUUGUAUAAAUAUUCAAUGUCACCUUAGAAUCAAUCUAACUUCAAGUCAUUUCCUAUAAUUUUAAACUGGAAUUAUUGCAUCUAAGUAAACACGGUACACAUGUGCAAAUAUAGUUUCUGUUUUAUCUAAUAAGGACAUUUUCUAUAAGAGCAAAAUUACUUUCUGUUAACAUUGAUGUGUCAGUAGAUGUCAUACAACUCAUUUAGUUGAGGGUUAGUUAAAUUUACAUUUGAAUUUAUGUAUUUCCUAAAGAAUUUGUACUUUAACUAGAUCUAAAUUGCAUUGUGAAACUGUACAAUAGCCAUAUGUUUAGGAAAUGGAGCGUUCCUUGCUUACCACUUGUCCGGUCACUUAGGAAUUUUGUCGAUGAAAUGUAAGUAAAGCUCAUAAGUGUUAAGAACAUUUUGGGUAAUGUAAGUAAGUGGUAUUACAAAAUGAGCUCGUUGACGGGAGUCGAGUGAGUGUUAAUUUUUUUUACUAGAAAAACAACUUUUUUAAGUUAGUUAAUGUAGCGUGCUACUAAGCAGACUGACAUUAAUUGAUACGGUCAGUUUUCUUUCAUCCACAAUAUUUUAUAAUGUUGGAAAACGCUCCAAUAGUUACAACAUUCAGUAUAAAUUACAGUGUAUCUCAUAAGAUGAUAAGUUACGAUUAAUCUAGAUUUUUUUCAAUAUGGCGAUCUUUAUAUUAUAAUUUUAUCUAAUAUAUAUUGUGGUUGUAAGGAUAUCUGCGUUGUGAUUUUCACGAACGUCCUGUCCUGCUAGCCACCCUGUCCUCGCGUGUACGGAGAAGCUUGUCACUUGGUAACUCUGGGAGAUAUUUCAAAUUUAAAGCUUAUUCAAAUUGUAAUCAAUCAACAACUUGUAUUUUAGCUUCACUAAAUUGUAAGAAACAAUAAAUUAUUGUGUAUGUAAAUAACAAACCGAGCUUUAUUUAGGCGACUUCCUGGGAUUGUAGGCUGCCGCUCGUGCUGCGGUGAAAGUAGGCGCCGCCGACGCAACGCCUCUUCUGCCAAACUUGAGCUAUUGUUUUAUGGAGAUAUUUCCGUACUUUACGCAUUCGUCUACACCGCUCACGACAGUUCAUCAAGUAGGCUAUAUCUGAAUUGUAAAGAAGCAGUUAUGUCGAUAGCUGAUAAUUAUUCGUGUUUUUAGGUGUCUUGCAUUUUGUUUGUAUCUGUAAGCAAACUAUCAUUCCACAAGAUUAAUUCGAGAUGCGCUAUCUAUUGAUUUAGAUAUUAAUCUCUGUUUUUCUGAGCUGUAAUGAGGCCGUCACAUAGCUAAUGACCUAUUAGAUAUGUUUUGAAUCGACAUUUAUGUAAUACGUGAUAAAUAAUAAAACAAUUUUUAAAUUA